AUGUCGAGGAUGAUCUCUUUUCAAUGUGGUUGUGAUGUCUUCUCUCCUUCUCUGCCUAAUAGUGGCGUUCCUCUCGGUUUUCCUCCAGUUCCGGUCUUCCAUUCGCUAGUGGCUUCUUUGAAUCUUUUCGGGUCUGGUUAUGUUGUUUCAUUCCUCUUUGGAUUCUGCUUCAGCUGUUUUAGGUUUUGUCUCGCUUCUAGUUUCUACAAUUUGAGUCUUUUCAAGAUCUUCACCUUCGUUAUUGGCUAUUCUCGAGACGUUAUUAACAAUUGGAUUUGUUCACCGUCAUCUCUGGAAGUGUUUGUGUUGCUUGAUGCUUCCGGCUUGUCAGAGUGUUUAGCUUGGGCUUUGAUUUGUGAGGUAUAUCUUAUUCGUUGUAGGAGGUUUCAAUUGUGUGUUCUUGCGAUUGGUGUUGAUGGUGGUUUGUUCGGUUAG